AUGUGUUCGUCUAUUCCUGCUAACGUCACUGGUUUAAUUUCAGAUGUACUCAACGAUGCCAUAUUUGACGAAGACCACGACGAGAUGGUGAUCGUGAAGGAUAUCGACAUGUUCUCCAUGUGUGAGCAUCACUUGGUCCCGUUCGUUGGAAAGGUCCACAUAGGCUACCUCCCUAACAAACAAGUCCUCGGCCUCAGCAAGCUGGCAAGGAUUGUGGAAAUAUACAGCAGAAGGUUACAGGUUCAGGAGCGCCUUACAAAACAGAUCGCCGUCGCCAUCACGGAAGCCUUGCAGCCUGCCGGAGUCGGGGUGGUGGUCGAAGCAACGCACAUGUGCAUGGUGAUGCGAGGGGUCCAGAAAAUGAACAGUAAGACUGUAACCAGUACGAUGCUCGGAGUCUUCCGUGAAGACCCAAAGACGCGGGAAGAAUUCUUGACGCUCAUUCGCAGCUAG